GUUGGUCAUCCCGAAGCGCACGUUGCCUAUAAAACGGCACUCGGAUUCCAGUCCCCCUCCCCUCUAUCUGUACCUGUCGAAGUUUUCGUUUCCGUCUUUCUUCCCUCCUUCCUAAGAUAGAAACGCUUCACGCUUCCCAAGUUUCUUCACCCUUCGGCCCCCAUUUGGGAUAGUUUUGGGUCGAUCGGUUUCACGGCGUGUAUUGGAGCUUGAGUGGAGAGUGGAUCGAUGGGGUUGCUCUUCGUGGAAACGCUGCCGGGACCUAAGGUGUUCAAAUGUAAGUGCUGCAAGGUUGAUUCGGCCUCUCAGGAUGAGAUCGUCUCUAAGGACUUUCGGGGGCGAUUUGGCCGCGCCUAUCUCUUCGAGAGUGUGGUGAAUGUUUCUUUGGGUCCUAACGAAGAAAGGCAUCUUUUGUCUGGACUUCAUACUGUGAAUGAUAUCUACUGCAGUAGCUGCCAACAAAUACUUGGAUGGAGAUAUGAGAAGGCAUACGAUGAAACUCAGAAAUAUAAAGAAGGCAAGUACAUUCUGGAGAAAGCCAGGGUGAUGAAAGUGGGGUGGUGAAGUCUUCUGCCUUAAAUCUCAAGCUUUGGAUCUCGCUAGCCCCCCCAAAUGGUUAGUAGCUCUUAGCGUCCCCCUCCAUUCGUUCUUCUUUGUACAUUCUUCCGUUUGAACAAAUAGAUUAGUUUCUUUGGCAAGUAAAAUUUCCUUGCAAUAAAAAAUGAUUCAUGCGCAGGCAUUUAUUUUUUGCAUGAUUUAGCUGAAGCAAUCUUGGACGAACUUAAUUUAUAUGCUUGUAAUGCGUUAGUUUUUUGGAAGAUUUACAACCACACCACUGAAUUCCUAUGUGUUUAGAC